AUGUGUAAUAUUCAUGAGGAGGCGUGGCAGACUGAACCAUUAUUCCACAUAGGGGUGAUGACGAGUCACACAACGAUUACUCUAGUUUUGGUUGGAGCACUAGAACUUCAUUCAACAAACUCGCCUGAUGAUGGGCAUCAACAGAAAGAGGUUGGAGCACUAGAACUUCAUUCAACAAACUCACCUGAUGAUGGGCAUCAACAGAAAGAGGUUGGAGCACUAGAACUUCAUUCAACAAACUCGCCUGAUGAUGGGCAUCAACAGAAAGAGGUUGGAGCACUAGAACUUCAUUCAACAAACUCGCCUGAUGAUGGGCAUCAACAGAAAGAGGUUGGAGCACUAGAACUUCAUUCAACAAACUCGCCUAAUGAUGGGCAUCAACAGAAAGAGGUUGGAGCACUAGAACUUCAUUCAACAAACUCGCCUGAUGAUGGGCAUCAACAGAAAGAGGUUGGAGCACUAGAACUUCAUUCAACAAACUCGCCUGAUGAUGGGCAUCAACAGAAAGAGGUUGGAGCACUAGAACUUCAUUCAACAAACUCGCCCGAUGAUGGGCAUCAACAGAAAGAGGUUGGAGCACUAGAACUUCAUUCAACAAACUCGCCUGAUGAUGGGCAUCAACAGAAAGAGGUUGGAGCACUAGAACUUCAUUCAACAAACUCGCCUGAUGAUGGGCAUCAACAGAAAGAGGUUGGAGCACUAGAACUUCAUUCAACAAACUCGCCUAAUGAUGGGCAUCAACAGAAAGAGGUUGGAGCACUAGAACUUCAUUCAACAAACUCGCCUGAUGAUGGGCAUCAACAGAAAGAGGUUGGAGCACUAGAACUUCAUUCAACAAACUCGCCUAAUGAUGGGCAUCAACAGAAAGAGGUUGGAGCACUAGAACUUCAUUCAACAAACUCGCCUGAUGAUGGGCAUCAAUAA